AUGUGCCAUCCUGACAAGGCUUUUACUUCAGAUAAGCUUCGAUGUGUGUUUAAUGAAUACAAAGCCGGGGCCAGGCUGCCGCUUCUGCUUCUGCUGCUGCUGCUGCCGCCGCUGCUGCUGCUGCCGCCACCGCUGCCACCACAGCCGCUGCCUCCAGCUGGCGGAGAGAAUUUACAUUUAAAGAUUAGCUGGGGGAGAAAGGGAAAUCUGCCUUUUGUGUGGGGUUUUGGAGGAGGCAUCAGUUCUGGCCUUGAGGCUAUCUCCCAUCACCUCCACUAUCCAAACAGGACUCACAGAGAUCGCAGUGAGAAGCAUUCCACAAUGCCAGACUCACCUGUGGAUGUGAAGACACAAUCCCGACUGACUCCUCCAACAAUGCCACCUCCUCCAACAACCCAAGGAGCGCCAAGAAGCAGUUCAUUCACACCCACAACGUUAACUAAUGGCACAAGCCAUUCACCCACAGCUUUGAAUGGAGCCCCAUCUCCACCCAAUGGCUUUAGCAAUGGGCCUUCCUCUUCUUCCUCUUCCUCUCUGGCUAAUCAGCAGUUACCACCAGCUUGUGGAGCAAGGCAACUCAGCAAAUUGAAGAGAUUUCUUACCACCUUGCAGCAGUUCGGCAAUGACAUUUCACCAGAAAUAGGGGAAAGAGUACGCACUCUUGUACUAGGACUGGUGAACUCUACUUUGACAAUUGAAGAAUUUCAUUCCAAACUGCAAGAAGCUACUAACUUCCCACUGCGACCUUUUGUCAUCCCAUUUUUGAAGGCCAACCUCCCCCUGCUACAACGGGAGCUCCUGCACUGCGCAAGGCUGGCCAAACAGAACCCUGCCCAGUACCUCGCUCAACACGAACAGCUGCUCCUGGAUGCCAACACCACCUCACCUGUCGAUUCCUCAGAGCUGCUUCUCGAUGUAAACGAAAACGGGAAGAGGCGAACUCCAGACAGAACCAAAGAAAAUGGCUUUGACAGAGAGCCUUUGCACUCAGAGCAUCCAAGCAAGCGGCCAUGCACUAUUAGCCCAGGCCAGCGGUACAGUCCAAAUAAUGGCUUAUCUUACCAGCCCAACGGCCUGCCUCACCCCACCCCACCGCCACCUCAGCAUUAUCGUUUGGAUGAUAUGGCCAUUGCCCACCACUACAGGGACUCCUACCGACACCCCAACCACAGGGACCUCAGGGACAGGAACAGACCUAUGGGGUUGCAUGGCACACGUCAAGAAGAAAUGAUUGAUCACAGACUAACAGACAGAGAAUGGGCAGAAGAAUGGAAACACCUUGACCAUCUCUUAAACUGUAUUAUGGACAUGGUAGAAAAAACAAGGCGAUCUCUAACUGUAUUACGGCGAUGUCAAGAAGCAGAUAGGGAAGAGCUCAAUUACUGGAUCCGGCGUUACAGUGAUGCAGAGGACUUAAAGAAAGGUGGUGGUGGUAGCAGCAGCAGCAGCAGCCACUCCAGGCAGCAGAGUCCUGUCAAUCCAGAUCCAGUUCCACUAGAAUCACAUCGGGAAUUCCUUCACAGGCCUGCUUCUGGAUAUGUGCCAGAGGAGAUCUGGAAGAAAGCUGAGGAAGCAGUCAACGAGGUAAAACGUCAAGCUAUGACUGAGUUACAAAAGGCCGUGUCAGAGGCAGAGCGGAAGGCCCAUGACAUGAUCACUUCAGAGAGAGCCAAGAUGGAACGAACUGUUGCAGAAGCAAAGAGGCAGGCUGCUGAGGAUGCCCUGGCCGUUAUCAACCAACAAGAAGAUUCAAGUGAGCCCAACAGUGGGGCAGGGAGCCCUAUUGAUACACCACCAGCAGCCACUCCUAGGUCAACUACCCCUGGCACCCCAUCCACCAUAGACACAACUCCUCGUUAAAAAUGAACUCAGAACUGUUAGAGGAAAACCAACAAAACAAACAUGAAACCAAUUCCUCAUCCUCAGAUGCUCAAAGUUGUUUUUUUAAAAAAUACUUCAUCAAAAGAGAACUUACUGUAUCUUGAGGCAGUAGUAAAAACUAAAACAAAAAAAAAACAAAACAAAAAAAAAACAGAAGGCCAGUAACGGGUCAUAAUGACUUAUUAUGGAUUACAAAGAUAUCUUUUCUUUAGAGAACUGAAAAGAGAACAGAGAAUAUAACACAAAAUGAUAGAUUUGACCUCCUCCCUGUUAUUUUCCAGUAGCUGGGAUUUUAAACUAGAUGACCUCAUUAACAGAUGCUUUACCAAACAGCAAACCAAGAGAUUGCUAAUUGCUGUUGAAAGCAAAAAUGCUAAUAUUAAAAAAAGUCACAAUGUUCUUUAUAACAAUAAUGGAAAAAAAAAGAGAGAGAAAAAACCCUCAAGGGCACGAGCAUUGGAUACAGCAGUAGACAUUUUAACAAGAAGAUGAAUGGCGUCCGUGGGUUACUGACUGAACUUUGAAGACCCGCUACAAAACGCACAGAUGUGCAGCAGAUUGGAAGGAGACACAGA